AUGAACUCUCAGUUCGGGUGCAGAAAGACGCCCAUGCAGGGGAGACUGAUACUGAUGCCGGCAGAAUUUGGAUACCCGUGGUGGCGGAUAUUGCCGGUGCCGGUGCUGGGAGGAGACCGCCGACGCCGAUGCCAGAAGGAUUUUGUGAACGAAAGCCAGGCGGAGGAAACUGCUGAAGAUGGGGAGCGCGACGGAUAUGCCUCUCCUGCGGACGCCGCUUCCCCUGACAGGAAGAGCGGUGCGUGCGCAGAGCGGUGUGAAGCCCAGUCUGGCGGCAGCCUGCCUCUGCAGGUGGAGCUGAGCAUUCAGGAGGAGGGCGGGCUGCACUGGUUGGCCCGGCGGCUGGGGGACAUGGCGUCGCUUCAGAUACUGACGAUCGAGUCGUGCGACGACCUAGAGAUGCUGCCCGAGCGGCUGGCGGACCUGCGGUCUCUGCAGCAGCUGACGGUCUGGGACUGCGACCGCCUUCGGUCGCUUCCCGAGCGGCUGGGGGACCUGGCGUCGCUGCAGGAUCUGAAGAUUUGUGAGUGCGGCCAGCUUCAGCAUCUGCCCGAACGGCUGGGGGACCUGGCGUCUUUGCAGCGACUGCUGAUCGAGUCGUGCGACUGCCUCGCAUUGCUGCCCGAGCGGCUGGGGGAGCUGACGUCGCUGCAGCAGCUCACUUCUGUCAUGUGGCAGCCUAAGGUCGCUGCCUGA